AUGGAUUAAUAAACCUCUCGUAAAAUAUGUGUAAUUUGUCAAAAUACUCGAGAUAAUACUUAUUAAAAUCCUUAAUGCAAACAUAAUUAUUGUAUGAGUUGUUUUCAAAACAAGAAAAUCAUAAAGGUUUGCACAGAAAAAGACUGUAAUUCUUAAAUCAAUUAGAAUUUUAUAAUAUAAUAUUUUGAAGAAGGUAUGACAGCUAUCCUAUGAAAAGUUUAGAAGAAACAAAAUUAAGAGUAGGCAGCAAAAUAAUUUAAUAAUAAUUCGUCUAUUAGUACUUAAUCUUAAUCUAGCAUUAAAUCAUCUAUGAUUAAUAAAUCUAAAUAAUAUGCCUCUCCAAAUGAAUCCAUAUAAUAAUAAUAAUAUUCUAGGAACAAUAAGGUUGAUUUAUAUACUACACUAAAUUAUUGUGCUAUUUGUCUCUUUUAUAUGAGGGAUGAUUUAUUAAAACAAUAAAUUCAAGUCAAAAAAAAUUAUCCAAUUUUGGAUUGCUAAUUGCAUACAAUUUGUGUUGGUUGUUUUAGUAAUUAUUUUAAUCAUCAGAAAAAUAGACAGUAUUUUUGUGAAAUAUGCUAAAGACUUAUUAAAUGA